AUGGGCUCACCCGAACUGCCCGCUCGUUCUGCGGCGCCGAAAGAUCACACAAUCUCCUCGAAACGUACAAAGGUCGUCAAGAAGAAAGCUCCCACAGUCCGCAAGCCCAAACAACCUGGUCGCAGCGCCAAAGCCAACUCCAUCCAGUCUCCGCUUCUCAGUCUUCCGGCAGAAAUCCGCAACAAGAUCUGGCAGUAUGCUGUUGGCUAUCACCAAGUCGACAUCCAUGAUUACUCGUGCGUUCGAAGAUGGGAUAUCAGGCUCACGCAUGUCACGCACCCUCUGACCAAAGGCCCGAAUACUUCGUCCAGCUUUGUCCAACCCACUUUUGCGGUCCCCAAAGUAUGCCGUCAAAUGUACGUUGAGUCAUCGGCAAUGGUCUACAGCUUGAACAACUUCGGAUUCGAUAAUCUGGACACAUGUGACCGAUGGAUCCUGGGCCGCCCACUCGGCCAGAGACGUCUCAUCGUCUCAGUGGACAUGCCGUUCGGCUACUACAGCCUCUACAAGGACGGUUUCCGCAAACUCCUGCGACAGACAUUCCCGGGGAUUACGAAAGUUAACCUGCAUACCAAGAUGGCUGAGAUGAGCCAACGUAUCAUUACUAGCACUUGGUUUCACACAGUACCUACCAGGGAGCCUCUCAACGACACUAAGCAGAGGUUCGUUGACCAGGUUAAGAAGAAGGAGGGUGACGACAUUAAGGUCGACUGGUACAGUGGGGCCGCCAACUCUUUGGUCUACCUGCACUAUUGA